UUGUGUGUUUAUGCCCCAGGGCUACGGACCAGUUUUUGUACUUUGUCUUUUACAGAAAUGACCAACACGGUGUGCAUCAGUCUCCUGGUGGUGGUGCUGGCCAUAGGCUGCCUGUCCACGCCUCUGUCCGGCCCCCGUAGCGGCAGCGCGCUGCUCCGGGAGCGCGGCGGGAAAUCGCCCUCGGCCGCCGGGCCAGGCUCGCUCGGCCGCCGCGCCGCCACACUCAGAACCGACGAGCUGGUUUCCCGACUGUUGCCGCAGAUCCAGGAAGCGGCGCUGCUGGAACAGGCGGACCGCUACCAGCUGCGGGACGUCCUGCACCAGAUGCACGACCGGGAUUACACGGGCUGGAUGGACUUCGGUCGCCGCAGCGUCGAUGAGGAGUAUGACCUGGACUCCUAGACUCCCGUUCCAGAGAAGACCCUCGGGACGCGCUCCUUCCCCUCGCCCCCAGACGCCACCGGCCGAGCGCGGAGACCCAGUCCCUCUCACCGAGAAACAGCGCUUGAAAGAUGCGGCUGUGGGACCUGAUUCAGAAUUAUUCGACGUUUACACUUGGUGAUUUAGCUCUGAGAAUUUGAUAUUUUUGGUUCUUUUAAUAAACGGCGCGUAUGAACCACA